CUUUUUUAUAAAUUAACAAAUGUGUUGAAUUAAAAUUUAUUCUAUAAACUGUUGUCCAAUAUGACAAUUGAAAUUAUAAAGGAAGAUGAAUAUAACACAUUGGAUAUACUUAACGAUAUCUAUGGAGAUAAACUCGAAGAAGACACAGCAUUUGAUUUUGUAACCCACGAUUUCUUCAGUAAGAAGGAUUCUGCAGGACAAGAUGGUGAAAUACAAGAACCAGAACCUGCACAUCCAGUAACAACAAAGAAAGCUCUACAAUUUUACCCUUUAAACCUGUUCUCAAGUGCAGGAUACAGCGCAAUAGAUUUGUUGGACUUGUCUAAGAUAUCUUAUACAUCAGGGAGUGAUUUCAAUUUACAGAAAACACAAUUUUAUAAAACAUGUAUUCAAGACCAGAGCAAACUGUUUAAAUCUACCGAUAAUCUUGAUGCAGGAGAAGAAUUCGCUAUUAGAUCAUCAUGUAUUUCAGAAACAAACCCCCCGGUCUACAUGAAAUAUUAUAUUAAAGAUGAUCAAAAUGACGAGGAGGUGCAAACGUCACUCCUUGCUGAACCAAUACACUCACUGUUCAAGAAAAUAUUUGAUAAAGAAACUCACAAUUUCAAUGCAAAAGGGGGAAACCAAGAAAGACUCUUUAGAAGAAAGAGAAAAAGGAGUAAAUCAAAUGCUGAGACUACUGAUAGAAGUGAGAACUGGGUAUCUAAAUAUAAGCCAGAAUAUUUUUCCGAUCUUCUAACGAGUGAAAACGUAAAUUUAGAGUGCUUGAGGUGGCUCUCGAGUUGGAAAUGCUCCUCAAACUAUCUGGAUAAGUACGAGGAACCAGAACACAAGAUACUCUUGAUAGGAGGCCCACCAGGAGUCGGUAAAACCAGUUUAGUUAACGUGAUUGCGAAACAUUGUGGCUACAAUGUUGUGGAGAUUAAUUCUAGCGAUGACAGAACUAAAGGGAGAGCGAUUCCAAUAAUAAACGGAGUCAUUUCAGCAGGAUCAGUUGUUCCUAAUAAACCAAAUCUCUGUUUACUUGAAGAUGUGGAUACACUAUUUGGAUCAGAACUACAGAUAAUCUCAUAUCUUAAGCAAAUUAGUUCUAAAAAACACCCAAAAGGAGGUCAUUUCAUUAAGAGGCCAAUAAUUUGCACAUGCAUUGAUGUGUAUUCUAGACAAUUGAAGGAACUUAGAGACGUUUCAAAGGUUGUCAUUAUCGAUACCUGUGAUCCCUCAGUGCUGCAAAGCAGAAUUGAAUGGGUACUAGAUGAGGAGGGGAUAUAUAUGGCGGAUGAAUUGAUAAAGGAAAUACUGGAAACAUACAGAUAUGAUAUAAGAUCAUGUUUAACUUCAAUGGAAUUUAUAACAACUUACUCUGGUAAAUAUGGAACUUUAUCACUAUCGCAUUUAACAAAGGACGGGAAUGAAGGAGUAUCAUCUCUACUGAAUACAGUCUUCAGUUACCACAAAUCGCACUUUAAAGAUUUAGAGACUAAACUAACAUCUACAGUAAACACCAUUGGAUAUAACUACACUGCUUCAGCUAUUUGUGAAAAUGUGACUACGAUGCCAAUGAAGAGAUUUGACCAUUUGUUCAAACUUUCCGUAUUUGAAGAUAUAAUGGCUCAAAGCGAUGUUGUGUACAACAGGCCUGGAAAUGCACUCAAAAAAACAAACCUCUUAAACGUUGGUUGUUCCUUCCUGAACAAGUUUAUAUGUAAUCGGACAGUAAUAUCAACUAAGUUUGUGUACCCACAGAAAACCGGCUACCAUACUUUUAAUAUGAGAUUUACAAAAUCAAAAAAUUUAAUAAAUUCUAUACAAAAAGGCUCAAUGCCAAUGAUAGCUCAAGGAACUUUGUCAAGUAACUUUGGUUGUGACCUUUUACCAUUCAUCCUUUCAUUCCUUUCAACAGGAAAUAAAUCCAUUAAUAACCACUCAUUACCAUUUGUUCUUAGAGUAAUUAAAGGAUUGGAUGGCAGUUUUGAGGGUUUGUUUCCCUAUGGGUCAAUCAAGUUUCCAAUGUCGAUUUAUCCACUUCUUCACUGCACCCAGAUAUUAGUCUUAUACGGAAUUUCAAUAGUUACGGUUAACCAAUCAAUAACAUUUGAUCCGCCAGUGUUUGAUUUAUAUUUGAAAACUAAAGAUGAUUACUUCCACCAAAUUCCGGAGAGAUUCUCACAACUCAUGUUAAAUUUCAUGGAGUUCUUUAAGUCUGGAAAUAAAAGUUACUUCGUUGACGACACACACUUCACAGGCUCAUCGCACUUCAAAGACAGCAAAUUUGUUAAUUUCUUUGAAGCCGUUAAGUUUAUAUACAAUAACGGGUUUGAGGCGUUUAGAAACCUAAAAACUCAAACAGAGAAGGAAGAAAUAAAAGUAAAUAAGGAGAUUCUGUGUAAAAGAACUCAUCAGAAUGUCAUUCCAAUACUCUUUUCACAAAUUUUGCUGAAUGAUUCCUCAAUGUUGAAGGAAUUUGCAAGUAAAAAGAAGAAACUGAACCCGAAAACUUGGGGAAAUUAUAAAUACCAAGAUCAAAACUGCUCAGCAGUACGAUAUGUUAUAAACCAGCUCUGAUAACUAUUGUGUAAUAUAGGUGGAGCAUA